ACGGGCUCAAGGGCGAGACCACUUGCUCCCACCGGGAAAACCGCACGAAGCAUGGAGGCGAAGACACGUGCCACAGGUGUCCAAGAGAUGCAUGCGCAUUUGCAGAGCUUUCUUCGUGCGCACCAGUUUUCUGAUGUGAAUGAGCCCCGAGUGAAAUGCAGCUGCUUGCCCUUUUGUAACAGGGAGGUGCUCUAUCCGAUUCACCUGGCAGCACAGUUGGGGGAUGCUCUGGCCUUGGAAGGGAUCCUGGAAGCUGGGGGUGACCUCAAGCGGAGGACGUCCAAUGGCGAUGGUCCAUUGGAAGUGGCCAUGAGGGCGGAUGUCAACAACUCCCAUCGCGCAGUCUUGUCUCUGUUGAGCACACGUGUGCAGCUGGCUGAGUUUUGAUGGUGUAGCGCGGCAGAUCAUCCUGAAGCUUGACUUGCGGCUCGCAGGAUGACACUGGCACGCUGCCAGUUUUGGGUGUACAGAUCCAUUACUGUUCUAGUAGCAGUGACAGCCCAUUUUGGCUGUGAAGAUCCUUGAUUGUUGUGAUAGCGGUGACUGGC